UUUAUUAAUUAAUUUUUUUCUAGACAAAAAUGGAGAACGAUGGCCACAUAUCUUACCAAUAGCAUACGGACGAUUAAACGUGUAUUCGGAUUAAAGUAGCAAGGUUGCUGACGAGCUAAUAAAAAAACCACAAAACAAGAAUCACACAAUAGAAAACGAGAACAAUAGCCACGCUCAUCCGUCUAUUCAGAUUUUCUCUUUCAUUUUGACUGGAAUUUAUAGGGAAACCCGCAGCAGACAUUUAAGCUGCGAAAGAAGAUAUUUUUUAACAAAACGUUCUCUCUCGAAAUCAUGUGCCAUUUUGCGUGUUUUGAAGACCUCAAGAACACGUUGGAAGACGUUUGAGAGACCAAGAAACAGGGAUAGGGGUCAAAGAAUGGAGUGAAUGGCACAAAAAACGCUAUGUGUUGCGUCUUGAAAUGUAUUGUUACAUACCCAUUCGGCAACCCUUUACAUCUCUGCCUAAUCUAGAGUAGACCGACAAGAAGGAUAAAUCUAGUUAUCUUUCUAGCUACCAUUAUUACUGUAACAACAUGGAACGCAUGUGAACGUGCCAUACGGGACCCAGAAUCAGCAAGAAAGGCUACAGGAGAAAGAAACAAGGAAGCGAUCCCCUAACAGCUAAUAUCAAACCUAGCUAGCUAGCUAACUGUUGGCUAAUAAUAUUAUUUCUAAUGCGCGACCAAGGAGUAUGCGACUCGAUACCAAGAGUUGACUGCAGAGGGGAUGUCAGGCAGUAAGGCUCUGGGAGGGGCACGGCGGCGGCGGACGCGGUGCCGGCGCUGUCAGGCCUGCAUGCGGACCGAGUGCGGCGAGUGCCACUUCUGCAAGGACAUGAAAAAGUUUGGCGGGCCUGGAAGGAUGAAGCAGUCCUGUCUGCUCCGACAGUGCACAGCGCCUGUGUUACCCCACACAGCAGUGUGCUUCUCGUGUGGGGAGGCGGGGAAGGAGGACACAGUGGACACAGAAGAAGAGAAGUUUAGCCUCUCUCUGAUGGAGUGUACCAUCUGCAACGAGAUCAUCCACCCCAGCUGCCUCAAGAUGGGUAAAGCAGAAGGCAUCAUAAACGAUGAAAUUCCGAAUUGUUGGGAGUGUCCAAAAUGCCACAAGGAAGGCAAGACCAGUAAGGACGGGGGUGAUGGCUCAGGGAAGAGGCGGAUGGACAACGGGGAGGUAGGCCGAUGGAAGCUAACGGACGAUCCUCCGCCCACCAAAAAGAAACCCCCCUCUUUAGAAGACGGGGGGCGGCAGGACGGUCACAAGAGAAAGAAGGAGAAGGAGCUUCCUCAGGACAGCGGCCCCAAAAAGAAGAUGAAAGGGGCACAUGAAAAACGCUUGAAAAAGAAACAGAAGCCUAACGUGUCAGAGACCGCAGAGUCCAAUGGGCCCAACUCCUCCACCGGAGGCGGCCAGGGUUCCGGAGGGGGUUCCAACUCCACGCAGUCCCCCACCUCCAUGGCCAGCCAGGACCAGCGCUCACACCACCGCGAGAAAUUGGAGCGCUUCAAGCGCAUGUGUCAGCUCCUUGAGCGUGUCCGCGAGUCCAGCUCAUCGAGCUCGUCUAGUUCCGAGUCCGACUCGGAGUCCGACUCUGACUCGCCUUCCGGUUCAGAUGGCCGCCGCGGCUCUGAACCCUCCUCCCCCGUACCCGUCGCUUAUAGCAACAGUGCAAGGGAGCGCAACCGGGAAAGGGACAGGGAGAGGGACAGGAGGCUGGCGGAGCUGGGCUUCAGUGCCAGUGAGGACUCUGAGGGAAGUGUUAAGGAGGAGGAGGAGGAGGCGGUGGAGGAGCAGGUUGUGGGAGACAAGCCUCGGCGUAGGGGGGAGGGACCUCCACGGGGCCGCAAGGGGCUCACGACGGACGGGAAUGACGAGGAGAGCGGGGAGAGGAGUCGGAAGUCUACCCCAUUGCCUCCACCCUCCCCUCUCUCCUCCACUCAGCCUCCACCUUCCUCCGGCCAUGGCCCCUCGCCAGGUUCCGAGGGCUUCUCCGGUAAGCGCAGCAAUGGCUCUGAGACGCGCAAUGGACGGACAAGGGCGGGGGUGAGGGACCGGGAGACUCAGGAGAAGGAGAACGCCAACAACAGUGGCGGCUCGGUGGCCAACCACCGACACGGAACUGGCAAAGGCAACAAGGGCAACAAGAUCCGUAGCAACAAGCAAACAGGGUCCCAACCAACGUCGAGGAACAGUAGCAACUCUUCCGCUUCUACUGCCACUACCACAUCCAACGGGGGAGGGGGGGGGCUGCUGGGCCCAGGCAGCAACUCCUCAGGGGGCAUGUCAGCCCUCGCCGCCUCACCCCGUUCACAGCCGUCCCGGAUGGCUCCACGCUCGCAGAUGAUGAAACGCAGCCCCCCUGCUGUGCCCUCGCCUCCCCGGCCUGUUCAGAUGGAGCGGCACUUGGUGCGGCCACCGCCCGCCUGCCCCGAGCCCCACUGCCUGCCCCUGGACAGCGGCUCCUCCCAUGUGAUGCCCCGCGACGUCUGGCUCCGCGUCUUCCAGCACCUCAGCCAGAGGGAGCUGUGCGUCUGCAUGAGGGUCUGUCGGACAUGGAGCCGGUGGUGCUGUGAUAAGAGAUUGUGGACUCAGAUUGACCUCAGCCGGCAGCGCUCCAUCACCCCUCCUAUGCUGAGUGGUAUAAUCCGCAGGCAACCAGUCUCCCUUAACCUGGGCUAUACCAACAUCUCGAAGAAGCAGCUCAUGUGGCUCAUCAACCGUCUACAAGGUCUCCUGGAGCUGAAUGUGUCGGGCUGUCCCUGGUCCUCUGUGUCGGCCCUGUGUCAGGCUGCUUGUCCCUGCCUGCGUCUGCUCGACCUCAGCCGGGUAGAAGACAUGAAGGACUCGCACCUGAGGGAGCUACUGGCGCCCCCUACUGACACUCGGACAGCUCAUGGAGAGAGCAGAGGGGGGAGGUUCCAGAACGUAACGGAGCUGCGAUUGGCCGGGCUGGACUUGACAGAUGUCACGUCCCGCCUGUUGGUGCGCUACCUGCCCCACUUGACCAAGCUGGACCUGAGUCAGUGUGGCAACAUCACGGACCAGACUAUCCACACACUGACCUCCCCCAUGUCUCCACUGAAGGACAGCCUCACCCACCUCAACCUGGCAGGCUGUGUGAAGGUGACGGAGCAGUGCCUGCCCCUGUUGCGCCGCUGUGCCUCCCUACAGAGCGCUGACCUGCGCUCCUGCACCUUGCUCACCCCCGAUGUCUGUCAGCUCCUCUCCUUCCCUUGCCCUGACGAUAGAGUGCUGCUCAAGAACAGCUAAGGGCCUGCGACGCCCUCCUCCCACCACCCCCCCCCCCCCACAUCAACCACCGCCACACUACAGAGAGAUAAGCGAACGAGAGGGACCCUGCGAUGUGGGCAGUGAGCUAGCCACUGAGGGAAAAGGACAUGGAGUGGGAGCCACGAAAGAGAAAGGGGGAUUAGAGAAAGAGAACCAUAGACCUUUGCCUACAUUUCUCUGGAUUGACUUGUUUGUGAACGGACAUCAUUGAAAAUGUUUCAGCAUGUACAUAUUCAAUAUCUGUACAAUGGGUGUGUGUAUAUAAAUGUAGUUUACUGUAAAUUAUCCACUCUCCGCCCCUUACCUCCCUCCUACCCUCACACCAACCAUGGCACACAUUAUCCAGCUGACAUGUGUAAAGGCACUGCACUGCGCCGCCGUCUUCAACUAGCAUCAUUUGCACUCCAUAAUUAAAAGCUGAUGAACGAAUCAAUUUCCUAUUUCGUGGCGUCAGACUACGAAGAAUGUACCCAAUGCCAGAGGCUGUGCCCCAUCAGAAGCCGUUUAAUGUACAGACGGAUGCUGGGCUGGUGUUUGUGUGUGUGUCUUUAAGUAUGUGUGAGAGAUGUAAACAGUGUUAAUGUGACAAUUGGAGCGAGAAAGAGACGGAGAUAUGACCUGUGUCUGUUUCCUUCACCACUAAGCUCUGUGCUGCCCUCAAUCUUUCAGGGGGGUAAGGACAUUCAAGGUCCUACAUAUCCUGUUCAAUGGCCGAGAGCCACUAGAGCCCAAAACUCCUAGCCCCGACCACAACCUCUUCCCGCCCAACGUGCCAUUCUUAUGGGGUCUGUCCAUCCUUGUGAAUCUGAUUGUCCUACUCUGUACCCUGGACAGCCCUUCCCAUCACACUGUCUCUGCUGCCAUGGCCCUUUUGCAGCUUAUGCUGCCCACCGUCUGUGCUGUGUGCGUACAUUAUGCAGAGAGCUGGACCUUGCUGUGCCCGACUGCAAUGAACCAUGCUUACCGUACUGUUCCAUACCAGACCUGGGAUUCGUCAAGGCCCCUUUUAUUCCCUGCUUCACGAUGCCUGGCUGAUGUAACAUUAUCUUGUAUAUGUGCAGACUGGUUCAGUCUAGAUCACGAUCGCACGAACUUAGAAGUGAAUGACUGACACGUUUUGAGUACGAAUUGGGAAAACUGUCAAACUGAGACCGUCCGAUGCACUGCGCUCGCUGCUCCACGUGGCAGGGGGGAUUAAAAUUAAGGCUGACCCUGGUUGGACUUCUGCCUCAGAUGUGAGGGACUUUGACAUGAAAACCCAAUUCUGGGGAAAUAUUCAGUGUCCACAUGCUGCUUAUCUUCCAAAGCCAAGAACAUCCCAGCCCAUCCAACCUGCAUCGCAAUGUCAUUACCUUAAGGUCUUGUAGGAUGAGGGUUUGACUCAGUUGCAGCAUUAACCCCCAAAUCAUUUCUCCAUUAGGGUUACCCCUGUGCAUGCUGGGUUUUGACUCUAAUCACAAAUCCAGUGCAGUAUUUUUUUUUUUUAUUCAGUCAACUUUUUUAACCAGUCCACUCUCAAUCCAGUUCAGAGGCCAACGUCAACAGUCAGGGUGAGCAGGAAAAGGAACAACUAUCAUCAUUAAUAUGGAUGUUACCGGUUGAAACCAGGAUGUACAGGAGGUUGUUCAGACCAGAAUGUACAGGAGGUUGUUCAGACCAGAGCCUAAGCUGUAUUGAAUUUGGUUGAGAGGGAAUUGAAGACUUUAUAGCUGUAUUGAAUUAACAUAAGCAGUAUUUGACAUGCGUAAACGGUAUUCAGCUGAAUCGGGAUGCAUUGGACCAGUUCAAACAGCUGUCGGACUGAUAGGGCCAGUUCAUUCAGUAUUGGACUGGACAGCACUUUGUCCUGCAAUGCUGGACUCAACCAUGCCAGGUUGGGUCAAGUGUUUCCCUUGUCUGUCUGUUUCUCCUCCUUCUAUAGCGGUUGUCCACUUCCUGAGCCAUGUUGAUCUGUAUUUGUGCUUCAGUGCCACAGUGGAUCUUGCUGCUGUGUGCUAUCUGGAGCUAAACCCCACCAACUCUAGGCGGGUUGGUGGACAGUCUUGAGCCUCAAUCUGUAAUUCUCAUCUAAAUCAUGUGUUUCCAUAUCCUUUCAACUAUUCUGUUAGACUUUCAGUGAUUCCAUCCUCAUCGGUUCUGUUUCAAUACCAUUAUUAGAAGUCAAAUCAGCUUCCUUUGGGUGUACAUGUAGGGCUAGAGACCUGCCAAGUAACUAUUGAGCCACUAGACAAAUGGUAGUUGUCCCAUUGCAUUGUUGUACAACUGACUAGGUAUCCCCCUUUCCCUAAAAGGUUGGUUUCAUCUUUACCCAGUUGUGUAUUCUAAAUCGUUUCCAGUGUUCCUGUGUGAAUUUAUAGACUUGCGUACAAAGCAUUGGUACCAAGAUUGCACUAACUGAUCGAUCAUAAGACAAUUUAGGAGGGAACACUGAGCUAUAGUGUGCUUUAUUACCCUGAAAGGGGUAAAUGUUAAAACAGGUCAAAUUAAAAAACAGCCAAAUCAUGAACCUCAAACUUGAUUCAAAAAUAGGACUAAUUAGCUGUCCAUGCUAGUUACCAUUUACCUGGGUAGUCCAGUGUGUUUCAAUGUUAGCUCAGGUUGAGUCCUACUUUAGAUCAUAGAUGAAAGUCAUUGUUUGCCACUAAGCUAUGCUGCUUACAGAGCUGAGCUUACCACAUAGCAAUUUGGCUUACAGCGAAGCAAAUGUCCAAUAUAUGGUGGAAAAUUGCCUUCUGCCAUACACACUCAUCUGAAUCAAUAUUUAAAUUUUCAUAGACAAUGGGUCAGUUUUCAAAAAAUGUUUACUUCCAUCAGUAAUGUGGGGUUGUUACUACUCCUUGUCAUCCAGUAUGUUCUAGCAUGAGAAAGCAUAUCAAAAGUUAAACUGACAACCACUUUCAGAGAAAAUAAACGGGUGGUGGUUCAUCGGAAUUGAUCCGGUAGUCGAUAAGGAAAUUAUUCCAGACUCAAAUCUGUCAUUCUCACCCCCAUCCUGAUCCCAACAUCCCAGCCUAGUCAAGUUGACUCAGACUUGACCCCUAGAUUGUACAGUCUUGUCUCUACCAAACUGUACCAGAGCGAAGCACUGGAUCAACGUUGUCAUCACCUCUUGCCAAAAUUCCUGCUUUGUUGAGAAGGGGCAUUUUAUCAAUUUUCGUUUUGCUCUUGUUUAUUUGUUCAUUGUUUCUUCCAUUGUGUUGAUCAAAAUGAGAAAGAAAAGUAGAACGAUGUGAAAAAGAGAAACUCAAGGCAGCUACUUACGAGUGACUACUGUAAAAUGACUAACUAAAUAAAAGACAGUGGGGUGGUUUUUA